AUUACCAACAGCCGGCACCAGCUUUGCCAUUUCUCUCUCUCUGCAUCUCCUCCUCUGGAUGAAUUUCUAUUGGCUGGGCCUCCAUCUCGGUUUGGGAUCCAGGGCCUUCUCGCUUGUUGGAACAAAUCUGGUGCUGUGGAUUGACUGUGUCUGGCUUGUAGACAACUAAACACUCAAGCUUUGCCUUGAUUUUGAAGGGGCUCUCCUUCCCCACCCCCACUGUGAGAAUGUUGGUGCUUCUGGCUUUCAUCAUCGUGUUUCAUAUCACCUCAGCAGCACUGCUGUUCAUCGCCACCAUUGACAAUGCCUGGUGGGUAGGAGAGGAAUUUUACACAGACAUCUGGAGAAUAUGUCAAAACAACACUAAUUGCACAGAAAUUGAUGACACCUUUAGUGGUUAUGCAACGAUACAAGCUGUUCAAGCCUCCAUGAUCCUCUCCACCAUCCUCUGCUGCAUAGCCCUCUUCAUCUUUGUGCUCCAACUCUUCCGCCUGAAGCAAGGAGAGAGAUUUGUUCUAACUUCAAUUAUCCAGCUACUGUCAUGCCUGUGUGUCAUGAUUGCUGCAUCCAUUUACACAAACCAGCAUGAAGAAAUCCAUGACAUCAACAGGCUUCAUUACCAAGGAACUUUUGAAGGGAAAUAUGGCUAUUCCUUCAUCUUGGCCUGGGUUGCAUUUGCCUUUACUCUGAUCAGCGGCAUAAUGUACCUAAUACUGAGAAAGCGUAAAUAAAACCCCCGGAGCUAACUUUCCUUCACUAUAGUAGAGAACCCAAAUUCCAAUAACCAAUUUGUAUAUAAUCUUUUUUUUUUUUUUGGUUUUGUAGCAAAAGUAUUGUUUCUUUGAAAAGCGAAAGAAAAAAAAGGAAAAAACAGGUUCUGCAUCCUUGGUAUCUGAUAGAAAGACUAUGAAAAGGAACAGGCAGUAUUCUGGAAUGCUCGGCCAACCGAGAGGCUGAGCUAGACAAAGCUAGCAAUCUGAUUUCCUCAACAUGAUGUUUCUUAACCCGACUGUGCCUGUGAUUGGAUGCAACCAGAUACUAACAAACCCCUUUCCUUUCCUCAUCCAGCAGGGCUCACGUCACAGUGUCUAUGACGAGUCAAUGCUAUCCUCUCCUCUUCCAAGGUUCUUAUCCUCAUAUGACUCAGUACGGGCCAUAGGGGUGGAAAGUGGAAUCAGAUGGGUAGGGGGAAAGCAACAACAACAACAACAACAAAAACAACACCAAAGAAUGAAGGCCAGAUGGCACCUUUAGCCCUCAUAGUCAUAGUAGAAAUUUGCAAAGGCCGGUGUUGGUUGGUUUGUCUAUUUUCUGUGUGUGUGUGUGUGUGUGUGUGUGUGUGUCUGCUAACCGUAAGGUUCAAGUCGGUCCUGUGGUGGCUUGUGAAUUCGUACAGUAAAAUGCAAUGGCUCUUGCUGGGAAAACCACUUGCUUUGAAAAAAAAUCAGCCUUGAUUUCUGCAGACCCUAGAGAGAAUGUUCUCAUUUUCCUGCUAGUUGUGCAGAGCAGCUUCAAGAAGUUACCAACAACGUAGUCACCUCAGCAAGUGAGGGCGGGGGAGUGGAACGGCCCUCAGGUGAGAGCCAGCGGGCAACUCCUGGCAAGUCCUGUUGGCCAGAGCUUGGUCACCCUCCAACCCUUGGCAGUUCUAACUCCAAAUGGCAUCUCAACGUCUCAGCAGGAGUUUGUUUUCUCUUAACUUGCUCAGUUUUUGGCUUGGAGCGUUUCCUUUGGAAGCCUUCAGGGUUCAUUUAUCUCCCCCACCCCUGGCUUCCCAUUGGAAAUAAAGCCCAGGUUGUUGUGGUUGAAUGAACCUCUUAAAAGAUGUGGAGAUGGAGCACGUGAGGUAUUGCUCCCUCUGCUGGUAAUCUAUGAGAAGAGCAAAUGCCUCCCCGCCUGACUCCCUGGAAAGGAAUUCCAAAGCCUUCCAUAAUGGCCAGCUGUGCUGUGUGAGCCCAAACCUCCAUACAGCCCAGGGUUGAAAGCUUCCCUCCACUUCCCAUCUCGUCUCUUCCCCCAUCCACCCCCCAACUCUUCCCUCCCCCCGGCAGCUGAUUAAGAAACUAACUAAAAUGAGAAGAUUGGUAUAUCCCUUUGGAUCCCUGCCUGGCCUGCCCUGUGGCAAACAUCUUUAACAGCUAAAAUAUCGUCAGUGGAAGAUAACGGGAAAGAAAGCAGCAGGUUGCCCAAAUCCAGUAGCUGGACAUCAUUCCCUGAAUAACAUACAACCAGCUGUCCUUCAGUCUCCUCAGUGGAUAAAUCUAGAGAGUAUGCAUAUCUUUAAAUGCUACUGCACAUAUUUAGAUGAGCCUAAAUAUAGUUGCCUUUGACUCACUCCAAUGGCAUUUAGUAAGCCUCGUACUGUAUCUGUUACACACAUAUAAUACUUUGCAUAAUCUUCCAUUGAAGAUUUAAUGUUCUUGAUAACAGAUGAGUAGGUUAGUGGCAGGAGUGGGGUGGGGGUUUGUUUUGUUUUGGGGUUUUUAAUAUUUAUAUAUAAAUAAUGUUAGGUUUGUGGUGUGACUUAAAGACACCAGGAAAUCCCCAAAUGAGCCUAGGCCUUCACCUGUGUGGCAAUUUCCUCUUCUUUUUUUUUUUUUAAAUAGAAGGUGUGUAUGCGUGUCUACUUGUACACAUAUGUGUGUGUGGAUGUAUGUAUGUGUGCCUCUGUGUGUGUACAUUUCUCUCUCAGGACUUGAGGGGAAGUGUUUCUCUAACCUCACUGCAUUCAGUCAUUGGUCUGUCUUGUUACACCAUGGAUGUUAUUUAAAUGUAGCUUUUUGUAUUUUCCAUUUUACUCAAUGUAAUGGUGAUCUAUACACAGUCAGACCAACACAGAAGGAGGUGGGAAGAGAAUAGCUUGGCUGUCCAUUCAUCUCAGAUUUGGACAGCAGUGGGGCCCUAUUUCACCUAAAUUACUCUAGUGAAGACCCCAUGGGAAUCACAGGGUAACUAACAGGGUGUAAAAUCAUAGUAGACUUAUCAACUGCCCAAUAGCAAGAGAAUCACAGCUUUUGUAGUUUGAAGAAUGUUGCUUGUGGAUGGGUCUCAUGUUGACUUAUGAAGGGAUUCAUGCAGGAAAAGUAGGCUAAAGGAUUCACCAAGCUUUCUCUCUUAGGGCUAUAGAUGGCAUCUCUAUAAUAGUGAGGGAGUUGGAAUAGUCUUUUUAGUGGAGUAUUAAACAUCUUAAAUAUAAUCUGAAAAGUAUUGGGUGCAUUUGACAGUGUUGCAGUAGUCUAUGGACGCCCACAUCCUUCUAGGUUGGCAAAUUUCUUGAGACAGGAAACAAACUUUUUUUUCUCCAAAAAUGCAAUGAUUGACAUUUGUGAGGGUUAGAGAAUGGCAACAGUAUCAAAGGUGAGGAAUUUAACUUACCUGUGAUGUAAAGAUAAAGAAAAAUAAAAUGAGAGAAAAAGAAGUCCCACUGGGCAGGAUUGGUGGUUGUUACUUGAUACUAGUUACCAAAUUAUUCUACCAACUCAGAGUGAAAACUAGUGUCAACCCUGAAAGAUCUGUGUUUUGUCAGCUGUCCCAGCAUGAGGAUUCCCUCCAUCAAGGCAGGUCACAAUCUGCCUUUGACUUAGUAGAAAAUUAAUAAAGAGUUGGUUGAAACACAUGGUGGUUAAGAGGCUUCUCCAGAGACACACAUUGUCACAGCCAGGCUGUCUAUAUAAAAUGAAUGUUAGGACCAAAUUAAAAAAAGAAAACAACAAAAAAAACCCCUUCUAUUAUGAUAAAAAUCCAGUUUGAGAAAAUAUAGUUUGUGCAUUGUAUAAUUUUUUUUAGAAAGUACUGCAAUUCUGUUUUUUAGAGGUGACCAGAUGGAGACUAACAGCUGAUUUUGUUAAUUUGCAUUGUCACUGUGGGUUUUCCUUGCCCCUCCUUUUAAAUUAGCUUAGUAAAUUUCUAAAUUAUUGGCCAGAAGAGAUAGAUGUACACAGGUAUUCAGCAAAUAGAAAGAUCAAGAAAAGAUCAAGGUGCCUUGUAAACACCAACAUACCUCCAUGCUACAGGACUGCUGCUACCCAUAGGUACAUACACACCCUGAUGGACAGAUAGAACUCCCAUGAUAUGGGAUAAUAACUCCCAGAAUUAGCUGAAUGAAGAGAUUUUUGACACCCAAGUUCCUAUUUGCUUAUGCGCUUACACUAAACACACAGUAGUCUAGAUUUAAGCUGUAUAAUAAUUAAAAACUGCCUGGAUGGGGAUCACUAAACUAACUCACAGUAAUGGUUACUUAAAAAGAACAAGUUGUAAAAUUUUGUAUAUUGGGGGUGAUGGUGAUGGGGAAAUGCUGGGGAGGGGGAGAGCAUAGAGGCUGAAUUAGAGAUGAUUAGUGUCAGAACAAAUGUGAUUUUAGGAUUAGCUAGGUUCUUUCUACUUAAUGUGCCUUUAAAAUAUUCCAUUUUCUAUGUUUUAUAUAAUCUGAAAAUGUACAUGAAAAUAAAGUUUAAACAAAGCGGUCAAGA